UUCAGUGCAGCAAAUAUCAUGCAUUACGUGAUUGAAAUUAUUAUUUUCUAAUAAUGAUAUUAACGAUAAAUCUGUUCUGUGUUUUAGUACCGUAUGUUUUUGCUAUUAACGAGUCUUUAAGAUUCAGUAAUACAUGGCUUUUACAGGGACCAAUUACUGAAGACGAAGUGAAAAGAGUGUCAUUUAGGCUUGGGUUUAAUUUUGUUAAAAAGCUUCCAACAAACCAUUUUGUGCUAACACGAGGCGAUGUUCCCCAUCGCUCAAGGCGCAGAUACAACUACAAUAACUCCCUUCGUAAGGCUUUGAAUCUUACAUUUAUUAAACAAGAAGAGUGGAUCAAUGUGUCUUUAAGACAGAUAAUGGACCCCAAAUGGCCCCAGAUGUGGUACCUUAAUAGUAGAUCUGGGCCAUCAAUGGGUGUGGAAGAUACAUGGAAAAUGAAUCUCACCGGUAAAGGAGUAACAUUGGCAAUUGUAGAUGACGGGGUUGACUACAACAAUCCUGACCUUAAAGACAGAAUUAACUUAUCUGGAAGUAGAGACGUUUAUGAUAACGACAACUCUCCAUUGCCAAGUGUUGGAAAUAGCCAUGGAACAAAGUGUGCAGGAGUUGCUGUGGCAGAGACUAAUAGAUUUUGCGUUAUCGGUGCAGCAUACCAGGCAACGCUUUUUGCUGUACGAAUGAUAGGGCCAAAUGGUGUUUUGCCAAGUGGACAGGUAAAUGCUUUAACAACUGACGUUGAUGUAUCAUCAAACAGUUGGGGAGGAAAUGACGGAAGCUUCGAUGGCCCAUCACAGCCUGUGAAGGAAGCUUUUGUUCAUGGAACAUCUUCGUUACGAGGUGGCAAAGGUGUAAUCUACGUCUUCGCCGGAGGCAACGGUGGUUUUGACGACAACUGCAACAUGGACGGAUAUGUUAACAGUAUUUACACGAUUGGAAUCAAUGGUGUUGCCCGUGAUCUCGAGCCUCCAGGUUAUGCGGAGCCUUGUAGCGCCGUUUUGGCAAGUGCCUACACAGGAAAGGGAGGAACAUCUGACAACUUGUGUACCACUGACGUUAAUGGCGGUUGUAUUAAUUCGUUCACCGGAACCUCGGCAGCUGCUCCCUUAGCAGCUGGGGCACUUGCACUGGUGCUUGAGGCAAACAAGAAUCUCCAUUGGCGUGACAUUCAACAGCUUUUGAUUGAAACUGCCAAAUUAGACGACCUGAAAUUCACAGAAGCUAAGCAAAAUGCGGUCGGAAGAAAUGUGAGUCAUUGGUUUGGAUACGGCCUCAUAGACGUCAACGCAAUGGUUCACAGGGCACAAACAUGGCAGAGCCUUCCCGAGCAACAUGUGUGUCACACGCUUGUCAAAAAAGAGAUGAAAGGGAUCAAACCUAAAGACACUGUACGAGUGGUGAACAGCCAAAUAUACACGGACGGGUGUAACGACACCACUUAUUGUGUUAACAGAGUUGAACAUGUAGAGGCAUAUAUAGAGUUUUCAUACACAACUAGAGGAGUUAUUGAACUAAGUCUUGAAUCUCCAAGCGGGACUGUGAGCACUCUCCUGACUACGAGGGGCUCGGAUUCAAUGCAAAAUUCAGAACAAAAAUGGACAUAUAUGUCGGUACAUCAUUGGAGUGAAAAUCCAUUUGGAACGUGGAAACUUAACUUAUCGGUCAAAGCGAACAUAAACGAAGGAGGCACAUUGUCUUCCUGGAAAUUGAUCCUAUACGGAACUGGCAUUCAAUGCAGUCGAAAUGAAAGUACUACUACUACUACUUUUCAACCCAUAACCGAUCUGAAAGAUCCUACUGACCAUAAAACUGUUGUGAUUAUAAUUUCCGUAAUUUCGGCAUGUAUUGGCCUCAUUGUUGUCAUCGCUUUUGUUUACUUUUGUAUCGUAAAAAAACAAAAAUCCUGAGUGAGGCCGCUGAUUUUGACAGUUCGAAUUAUUAUGUGUCUUUCAUUGUGAUAACUUGCGUGUUGUUACAAUUUGUCAU